UGAAAGAGUUGCAGUUUGAUUGUCGCUCCCGAUUCCGACAAGAUCGCAGCCAUUCCGAAAGCAACUUUGUCUUUCCCUAUUCAAACUAAAGUAAACGCAGGGGAGCGACGACCGUCCCCAGGCUCAGCUAUGUCAUCAUCUUCCGGUAGCUUAGUACAGCUGUUCGUGUGCUAGGUUGGGACGAUGAGCGACUACGAAGAUACUGAUACAUCAUUCAUAUGAUAUAUAACAAGCUUACGCGAGGCUUGCUGAUAAUUCGAACGAAAAGUGACGUCGAGGACGUGCAAGUGGAGGCGUCGUUUACCUUAUAUCGCAUGCAUGAGCUUGUACUUCUCGAGGAGCAUCUUCAUCAAAUGAUUAAGAAGUAUAUCAGACUCAUUCUAGCAUAGCUCUCGCCCUCUGGUUGCCCCUGUCGACGACGUGCGCCUCAUCGCCUGGUUGUUGUUCUCCUGAUCACGCUUGUCCGUGCUUACUAUGACAAACGAGGACGUGUGAGGAUUUAAAGAUGACAAGAAUUGUAUUGUAUGCGAGAUACGUGGGCAGUAGCGUAGUUGUUAAGGAGAUUAAGAACUCCCCCCUACGCCGGUAGCUACGCGGAAAAUAUGUAGGCAGGUUCUUCACGGAACUCGCUCGCGAUACAAAAAAAAAAAA